AUGACCAAACUCAAAAGAUCGGGAGAGUUGAAGCCAUUUUUGAAGACAAAAGAAACUCCGACAACCUUUUUACCCGUCAUCACGCCAGAUUCAUUCAAGAUCGGCGUUGAUAUGAUGGCUAAUCGAUUCAAUGGAAAUUCGAAGCGCAAAGGUCAAUUUUCUGAAAAGAUUCAGGGAAUUUGUGUCUUCAUUACGAAAGAAAUUGCUGAAUUCGAACCUUCUAAGCUCGUUUUAGACAUUCCGAACGAGACAAUACCGAUUUAUUAUCUUACUGUGGAUAAAGGGACAUUUUGGAUUCUAAGAGCGCAACGACUGCUCAUGGAAAAGAAAUAAAUCAAAACUAAGUCAACUGAGAAUAGAAUCUCUGGUCAUUUCAAUCAGUUAAAAGAUUUUCGCUAAGAAAAUUGAACUAUCAUGGACGACGAAUUGAUCAUUCAGUUUCUCACAGAAAUUACCAGAGAAAAUAAAAACAGAAGAGUAAAGUGUUAA